CGUUCUGGGCGGCCGUGCGUUCUGCCCUCCUCGGACUCUGCCCGAUCCGACCCGACGCCGGGGCAGCCGGGCUCCGGGGUUGGUCGGGAUCUGGGUCAUGGCGGUUCGGGGGCCCGCACCGGGGGUUGGCGCCAGGCCCAGAUUAGAUCUGCAGUUUCUCCAGCGGUUCCUGCAGAUACAAAAGGUUUUGUUUCCCUCUUGCUCAUCACAGAAUGCCUUGAUGUUCCUGACCCUUUUGGGUGUGGCCCUCCUGGAACAACUGGUGAUCUACCAGGUUGGCUUGAUCCCCAGUCAGUACUACGGGGUCCUGGGAAACAAAGACUUGGAUGGGUUUAAGGCCCUGACAUUCCUGGCUGUUGUGCUCAUCGUUCUCAACUCCAUGCUGAAGAGCUUUGACCAGUUCACCUGCAACCUGCUGUAUGUGAGCUGGAGGAAGGACCUCACCGAGCAUCUGCACCACCUCUACUUCCGCGGCCGCGUGUACUACACCCUCAACGUGCUGCGGGAUGACGUCGACAACCCGGACCAGCGCAUCAGCCAGGAUGUGGAGCGGUUCUGCCGGCAGCUCAGCAGCAUGGCCAGCCAACUGAUCAUCUCGCCCUUCACCCUCGCCUAUUACACCUACCAGUGCUUCCAAAGCACAGGCUGGCUCGGGCCCGUGAGCAUCUUCGGGUAUUUCAUCCUGGGAACCGUGGUGAACAAAAUGUUGAUGGGGCCCAUUGUGGCGAAGCUGGUGCAGCAGGAAAAGCUGGAGGGGGAUUUCAGGUUCAAGCACAUGCAGAUCCGCGUGAAUGCUGAGCCCGCUGCUUUCUUCAGAGCUGGGCAUGUGGAGCACAUGAGGACAGACCGCAGGCUGCAGAGACUCCUUCAGACCCAGAGGGAGCUGAUGUCCAAGGAGCUCUGGCUGUACAUGGGUAUCAACACGUUUGACUAUCUGGGCAGCAUCCUGAGUUAUGUUGUGAUCGCAAUCCCCAUUUUCAGUGGCGUUUAUGGAGACCUUAGCCCCACAGAGCUCAGCACCCUGGUCAGCAAGAAUGCCUUCGUGUGCAUUUAUCUCAUCAGCUGCUUCACCCGGCUCAUCGACCUCUCCACCACUCUCUCGGAUGUGGCUGGUUACACCCACAGGAUUGGGGAGCUUGAGGAGACCCUGCUGGACAUGUCCCUGAAGUCACAGGACGGCGAGCUCCUGGACGAGGGCGAGUGGGACUCACACAGGGCCCCGGGAUGGCCACCAGCAGCAGCGGACACAGCUUUUCUCCUGGAUCGGGUCUGCAUCUCCGCGCCCUCCUCUAACAAGCUCUUAAUCAAGGAUCUGAGCCUAAAGAUCUCCGAGGGGCAGAGCCUGCUCAUCACCGGCAACACGGGCACCGGCAAGACCUCCUUGCUCCGCGUGCUGGGUGGCCUCUGGGCGAGCACACGGGGCUCAAUGCAGAUGCUGGUGGACUUUGGACCCCAUGGGGUGCUGUUCCUGCCACAGAAGCCAUUCUUCACCGACGGCACCCUUCGGGAGCAGGUGAUAUACCCCCUGAAGGAGAUCUACCCGGACUCAGGUUCUACUGAUGAUGAGAGGAUCAUGAGGUUCUUGGAGUUGGCAGGCCUGUCCGACUUGGUGGCAAGGACAGAGGGGCUGGACCACCAGGUCGAUUGGAACUGGUAUGACGUUCUGUCCCCCGGAGAGAUGCAGAGGCUGUCUUUUGCCCGGCUCUUCUACCUGCAGCCGAAGUACGCAGUGCUUGAUGAAGCCACCAGUGCCCUGACUGAGGAGGUGGAGAGUGAACUCUACCGCAUCGGCCAGCAGCUAGGCAUCACGUUCAUCAGCGUGGGACAUCGGCGCAGCCUCGAGAAGUUUCACUCCUGGGUUCUGAAACUCUGCGGAGAAGGACGGUGGGAACUGACCAGAAUCAAAGUGGACUGAAGCCAAGGAUGUGGCUGGCCACUGAAAGGAGAGCCAAGCUCGGGGCGUGGCAGUGCCCAGGAGACACCCAAAGGCCCCAGGUUCGUCUCACAGGUUCUUUGCAGGGAGCGCUGGCAGUAGUGGCCCACCUAGGUGUGGCCUCCAUGGGGUGCUAGUCCUGCCAGGCUUCCUGCUACCUCAGCCAGGGUGCCAGACAUUUGAAGUGCUAAUUAUUUCCUUACAAAUUACUUCAGAUUUGUUUUCUAAAGAAAAACCUAAAAGUGAGGACUCUAUAAGCAAUGAAGGAUCAAUGUGGAGAGAAUGUUGGACUUGGAGUCAAGAGAUUCAGAAAUCUUUUUAAUUGGUUAAAUUAUACAACAACAGGUUUUUAACUUGAAUCAGCUAUUUAAAUUUUGUAACUUCUUUUUUUAUAUAAAAUAUAAACAUUAAAAAUAUUUACAACUUU